AUGCCUGAAGCAUGCAAGAGUGAGUCUAUUAAUAGCGGAAGUGAUUCGGAGUAAUUACCGUCAAACGAUGAUGAAACGGAGCAAAUUGUUUUGCCAAAUGAUGAAGUUAAAUUUUUUUAUCGCUUCCUUAGCUUUAUUUGCGGCCCAGACGGAGGCAUGAGGGAUAGAACGUCUUCUAAAAAUGUUGUAAAUUGUGGAUCUCUUAAAUAAAGAAAAAUCGAGGAAUAAUUAUUUAAUGGGAUAUUGUGUUAAGAAAAAACAUGCGCCUGAUUCUAUAAAAAAUCUCUAUUCACUAGAAGACUUUUGUAAUUUCGUGAUUGUAGAGGAUGUUGUUAUCCCAGGUAUAACAAUUGAGAAUAUUCAACAAAUGAAAGUUGUUUUCCGCUCCUGGCGAAAAAACUACAAUAAAGGCGCGAGGGACCGUUAUUGGGAGCGUCAAGUGACAAAUUUUCUACUGAUAGUGACACCGCAACAAGUUCAAACAUAUCUUAAGAGCAAGAACGCGCAACUGGCAAAGGGAAAAAUUACUAAGUUAACUCAGGAUGAAAAUAUGGUGCUUUCAAAUACAGAGUAUUGUGCGAUUCGUGACCAUUUACUCGCUCUAAUUCAUUUUAGUAAUGGACAUAGAUCCGGUGUAACAGCAAAUUUGACAAUCUCUGAGCUGGAACGAGCGGUGGAAAUCGAUUCAACGUACUUAGUAAAGGUUCGCAAACAUAAAACGUUUACAUUUUCUGGUCCCGCUAUCAUAUCUUUGGAUCAUGAACAGUACGCUUAUCUGAAACUCUUUGUUACAAAUCGCAAAGCUAAUUUAUUGUUAGAGUUCGAUAAUGUCUUCGUUUCCUGUUCGGGAAAACAAAUUGCAUCAGGUUCAAUAAGUAAGCAAAUCAAUAGUCUGUGGGUAAGUCCGGGAUCCUUGAUCCAGCGAAACAACCAAAUAAUCUGUGUUGUAAUGUGGUGAGAAAAAGCACAAGC